CCGGGACCGCCCGCCGGACGGACGAAUCCCCUGCUGCGAGCCAGGGGAGGUCCCUGAGCGGCUCCCCGCCAAGGAGACCAAGGAAUCUUCAAAACUCCAUCCCAAAACUAUUUGGUUCCUGGUGCCAUUCAAUGCUGCCCAAACCUGGUAUCUAUUACUUCCCCUGGGAAGUCAGUGAUGGCCAAGUUCCUGAUGGAAGCACACUGCGAACAUUUGGCAGGUUGUGCCUCUACGACAUGGCACGCUCCCUUGUGACCCUGACAGCACAGCACAAAUCCGAUCAGUGUCAGCUGCAUGUCUGCACCAAGCUGGUGGAGCCUUUUGAACCUCACGUGGACUUCCUGUACAUGGUUCUUGGGGAGCUGGAGCAUGAUGAGGAUGGAGGUUCUGUGGUGAAGGCCCGACUGCUCACCUGUGUGGAGGGGAUGGAUCUGUCCUUGUUAGAAAAAGCCAUCUUGGAGCAGAGGCUGUACCUGCAAAAGAAGCAGCAGCCAAUAGGAGACACCAACACCUUGCCACCUCCUCCACCUGCUCCUCAUUCCCAGUGACAGCCUUCAUCUGGAACCAGAGAGCAUAAAGCAGCGGCAGGGGUGGGGGUACCCCUUUCCUGGACUGUAGACUGACCUGUAAACGAAUGCCCACCCCAAGCCGGCCAUGGUGGCCCAUGCCUGUAAUCCCAGAGCUAGGGAGGCAGAGUCAAGAGGAUCGGAGUUUAAGGCCAAUCUGAGCUACAUGAGACCCUCCCUCUAAAAUAAAUAAAAUAUAUAUAAAUAAAUAU